AUGUCUGCAUCAGCUGAAGAAGAUAAAAAACCUAGUGAACAUAUAAAUAUCAGAGUUGUUGGUUAUGACAGUAAUGAAGUUUUUUUCAAAAUUAAACGUCAUACACCACUUAAAAAACUAAUGGAAGCGUAUUGUGAACGACAAGGCAAAUCAAUGAAUAUGCUUCGUUUUCUUGUAGAUGGUGAACGUGCAAGACCAGAACAAACUCCAGCUCAGCUAGAUAUGGAAGAUGGAGAUCAAAUUGAAGUUAUGAUUGAACAGCUGGGAGGGUAUCAGUCAAAUAUAAAAUGUUAUAGGGUUAGGGUUGAUGUUAGGAUGUGGUAA